CAACAAUUCGGUUUAACUCACAAUUUUUCGAGAUACAGUUAUUGCUUUUGAAGUAUAAAUGGGGUAUUGUGUGUGAUGGCUUUAUGUGAGAUUAAGUUCAAACUCGCACAGUGACAAAAUUGAAAUUAAAUUUCAGACACUGGAACUGAUCAAUUGCCGCCAUCUUGGAUGUCAGCAUCCUGAGAUUCAGGGUUUUAGGUUGGAUUAGUGAACUAUUUUGACCUAAUUUCAAUUUGUUGCAUUUGGUUUGCAUCAGCAACUUGCAGAUGAUUGCCGAAUUUAGGUAUUUCUAGAUUUCUUAAUUGUGGUGCAAGCUUUUAUCGACAAGGUCUGCCAUCAUAACAUACAACCUCCACCUUCAACAUUUAGAAGCUGUUUAAGUCCUUAGUCUCCGAAAUGGAAGAAAAUCUUCUGAAGAACGUGCAUCAUGGUCUUGAUGUUCCCGGGGAGAUCUUAGGGCUUGUAUCAAAGGAGUAUCAAUACUGUCACUAUGGAUGUGAUGGAUUUGAUGACAGGGGUUGGGGCUGUGGUUACAGGACGUUACAGACCCUUUGCUCCUGGAUCAAGCUCAGGCAAGGAGAGGCAUGCAAGCAGGUCAUUCCAUCUAUUGGAACCAUACAAGAAUCUCUUGUAGAAAUGGAGGAUAAACUGCCAUCUUUUAUAGGAACGAAAGACUGGAUUGGUAGUUUUGAAGUUUCCUUGGUUGUUGACUUUUUCUUUGAUGUUCCAUGUAAGAUAAUCCAUAUCAGAAGCGGGGAAGAGCUAAUAGACCACAUAAAUGUUCUGGUGGAACAUUUCAAAACAGUUGGGGCUCCUGUCAUGAUGGGUGGUGACACUGACAGUUCAUCCAAAGGAAUCCUAGGAGUGAGUCGCGAUAGCUCGGACACAUACCUUCUAGUUCUCGACCCACAUUUUUAUGGACAAUGUAACAACAGGGGAGAACUACAGAAUGAUGGUUGGGUCAAGUGGAGACCGUUAAAGGACUUUUGUUAUGACUCUUUCUACAAUCUGUGCCUACCACAGUACAAGGAAAGAUAACACAAUUUAAUAUUCACAUUGUUUAUUUACAAAUGUAGAAAAUAAUGUACAUUCUUUUCUCGUGACAGAAUCUCUGAAUAAAAGUUGU